CGGUUUUCGUCCAACUAUAUUCUUCACAUUCUUUUACACCGACAAUGGCUCCAAAUUUGGACGAUGCCAAAUCUAUUUUUGAAUUCGUUGUGAAAGAAGGGAAUGGUAUAAAAGGAUUGGUGGAUUCAGGCAUUGCGAAGGUGCCAGAGGUUUACGUCCACCCGCCAAACGAACGUAUAGACAAGCAAAACGCCAUCAAACUCCAGCUGCCGCCCAUCGAUUUGUCGAAGCUGGACGGCCAUGGCCCUCACCUCGAUGAAGUGACCAACCAAAUCAUUAGAGCCGCAGAGACUCUGGGAUUCUUCCAAGUUGUUAAUCAUGGAGUCCCUCUUCAUCUACUCGAAUCCAUUAAAGACACCGCACAUAAAUUCUUCAGCUUGCCCCUCGAAAGGAAAACCGUUUAUCUUGCACCUGUGAGUCCAACUCCACUAGUGAAGUACGGCACCAGCUUUAGACCAGAUAAAGAGAAAGCAUUAGGAUGGAAAGAUUAUCUCCUCAUGCAAUACACUGAUGAUAACGAAGCUCUUCAAUAUUGGCCUGAAGAGAUGAAGGACGUGCUACUUGAGUACUUGAGGUCUUCAAUGAACUUGGUGAAAAAAUUGCUUCAUGUUUUGUUGCGAAAUUUAGGGAUGGAACCGGAUGACUCGAUGAUUCAUGUACUUACCGGCAACACGAUGAUCAAUAUGAUCUUCUAUCCACCAUGUCCUAAUCCAGAUCUCACUGUCGGGAUUGGUCGUCACUCUGAUAUAGGUAUUCUUACUGUCUUGUCACAAUACGAAACUGGUGGUUUAUAUGUAAAAAUCGAAGAAGAUUCGGAUUACGGAAAGGAAGGACAGUGGAUAGAGAUCCCUCCUACUCCCGAUGUACUGGUCAUCAAUGUUGGCGAUAUGUUACAAGUGCUAAGCAAUGGAGAGUACAGAAGUGCAGAGCAUGUAGUUCGUCCCUCAAGCACAAAUUCAAGGGUGUCGGUACCCAUUUUCGCUAUGCCGAUAGAAACAGCGAAGAUUGCACCAUUGCCUCAAGUGGUGGAGAAAGAUGGAAUUGCUCUUUAUAGAGAGGUGGUGUUUGGUGAUUAUAUGAACAACAUUUUUGAAAAUGCACUCGCCGGAAAGAAGCCACUUGAGUUUGCUAAGAUCAACUCUACUCACACCGGUUCUUAAUUUUGAUUAUAUCAACAUGCUUCAUCCAACCUUUACAUAUCGGUCAUGUAUUUGUGGUUAUUUAAUAGAAUCUAUCUAUUCUUACCGUCUCCAGCCCUCAUCUAUACUCUACAACUUUAUGUCUACUCUAAAGAUGAAACAGUAAUUCAUCUCCAGCACGAUC